UUCCUCUCUUUCUCCCACUUCAUGUCGUGCUUUAGCGCACCUGCCCUUUGACUUCCUGCUGGCGGCUGUGGUGUUUCCUUCCUGCCCAAGCAAUUCAAGAGCAGCCGCCGCAUUUGCCACAGCAGCAGAGACUUCCUCCAGACAUGGAACUGGGAAGAGAACUCCAGAUGGCUCUUGAUGUGUUGCACCGUUAGCAUGCUCAAUGCUGUUUUUCACCCUGGAGUGUGCACCUUCUCCAGUUCCAUCGUACCUCUACUGUCCCCUUUACUGGUGGCAUGGAUGUCUUCCCUACGGUUGACCUCUUCUGGAUGCUGAUACUGACUGUCCCAGUUCUAGUGGUUCUGCUUGUGCUUUGUAUUGACUGCCGGGACACUGAAUUAGACACACCACCAAUUGGUGAUUAUGAAGACAAGCCACCAACUACUUCCCGUCCUCAGACAUUCAGGGUGUUGAGGCGUCCUCCCUCUCCACCUUGGUUUACAAUCCAGUCCCAACCAGACCUGAGCAGCAGAUGCCCUCCAUAUAGUUUCACCAAUCAAUCGACUUCAAUAAAAAACGAAGCAGAUAAUGAAAGUAUGCCCAGUUAUGAAAAUGAAGAACCACCUGAUGAUGAAGAAAACUAUGUCCCUGGGUACAUCUUGGUUCUUCCUGAUGUUCCGAUUACAGAUCAGAGAAAUGAGGAUCACGCUUCCUCGGAUUCCAUUAUGGAUCAGUACGAGAAUAUGCCAGAAUCUCAGCGGCAUUCAAUUGGUGAAUACGUCAAUGUAUUAGGACCAGAGGCAACUAUCCUAGAACCUUGUUUCUCGGUUGGUGCCAGCGAUUGCACUAGUGAUCAAGAAAGUGACGACGACAUCCCAGAUUAUGAGAAUGUCUGUCCUGGAUUUUAAGCUUGAGGGAUUGUUUCAAGACAGUUUACUUCAAUGGCUCCGAUCAUCUGUGUGAAGCAUGGAUCUCCAAUGACCCUGUUGGCCUGAAGACACCUUCUCCCCAGUUCCCCAAAUGUGACCAUAACUUAUUGCUCUCCUUUGCACUUUGUCUGGACACAUCCUGAGAAUUUUCUAUGAUCCUUGUUGGCAAGAUGAAGAGCUCGACAGUCAUCUCCUCCUCCUCCCUUUUAAUCCCCCCCAAACAAUCUGGAGUUGUUUGAUAUUCUUAGUGAAAUAAACAACAACAACAA